AUCGGUGAUCGAUGCAUCUCCGAAUCCCUACGUUGGGGCCCCAAGCUGUACGACAUUGAGUCUUGAACUAGUGCAGGUACUACAUAUACCAUGUGCGUGCGUAGCACACGUCUCGCAGGCCGCAUGUGAGGAAGGUAAAGUUUCAACGCGUCCGCGCACGCACUGCUGGUGUCCAACGCAUCAGAGGACUGGUGAGCCGCAGAUAUCGUCAUAUAUGCCGAUAUAUAUGAUCAUAUGUGGAAAAGGUUUUCGUUAUGUUGGAUGUACAUACAGCCAUGUAUAACAUUGGAAAACCCCCGAAAUCAACGUAAAGCACCUUGGGGAGACUCACGAGUUCUCAGAUGCGCCCGGCCACAUUGUUCCUUCGUCCUCGACUCCCUCCUCUUUCCUUACCAGUCAGUAAUUCUUGAUGUUCUUUUCCGCUCGCUCAACUUACUGGCCACAGACCCAUUAAGGAGGUGCUUAGGCGCCUAAAUAUAAAUUUACAUUCGCGUUCAUUAUUGGAAUCAUCAAGUAGUACCAUGCUGAGUACGGUCCUCUUUUCCGCCCUGCUGCCA